CCCUCACCGUGCAACCCCAAAAAACUCCCCGUAAUCCUUGUCGUCAAGCAAAGCACCUCAAAGUUGCCAGCCCUGCCACCGAAAGCCGCCUCCCAAGCGCCAAACUCGUGCAGCGGCUGUACUCCGAACUAGUCUUCAUGGAUCUAUCUCCAUGUUAGCCCGAGAAAGCGAUGCGGUAUCCCCGCGGUUAGGGCGUGCAGUUCCUCGUGUCUCGUGCGCGCUCGUGGAAUUUUUCACCCGCAAUACAACAAUUAAGCCAUAAACAAACAAACAAUAAUCACUCCCUCAAAGUGCCCGGGCCCAAGUGAACAAGUGAACAAAAAAAAGUCCCACGCAUUGUCCCAAAGCCACCAAAACCCAAUCGCAAGAAAUAAAAAUUGUUUGGGUGACGACGUUUUUUUCUCUCUCUCUCUCUCUCUCUGUCUCUUUUUCUCUCUUUCUCUCUCUCUCUCUCUUGUUCUCUCUCUUCCCCCCAACUAAUUUUUUGUGUGUGGAUUGCGCGCAUUGGUUGUGUGUGGUGCGAAGGCAAGUUCGUCGGACCGUGUCGGCGACGCGGUACACGGAGGUGAAUGCACGACGGAGGUACCCCCCUCCUACCCCUGUCGCUGCUGUACGUGAGUGUGUGCGCGCGCGAGAACGCCAGCAGAGCCGAAAACCGAAAAAAAAAACCCUCCCAAACCUGUGAAAAAGAAUAACAAUCCCCGGUAAAAGAGAUCUGACAUCAAGUGAAGCCGAGGGGGAGUGAGUGAUCAUUCGAGUGUAUGAAAAAUUCGGACUAAGCAACUUCGUCGUUAAAAUUGUUGACGUUUGCUCCACAUACCAGCAAAAUAGCAACAACGCCUCCCUCCAAGCCUCCAUUUCCCUCGCAACAGUGUUCCACCGAUAAAUGCAUCAUUGACGGUUGGCCAAGGAAAACAAAAUAGUCAGUGAUUAGCUUCGAAGUGAAGAGUGUCCAAAGUGAAUUGAAAUAAUUAUCGCAGGUGACAGAGGCCCCAGGAAGACAUCAGGAGACUAUCAGGAUUAACUGGCUAUUCAGACGCUGUAAAAAGCUCAUCCACGUUUUGUUGUUAUUUUGCCGCGGUGCUUUUGACCCUUUGGCGGGCGAGUUCACUGGGAGCAUUGCCGCGGGGGUGUUCGGUGCCUUCGUGCGUAGCGACGCAAGCGGUCACGAUCGCCGUCAUCCCCCUGCUGUCUCUCUCCCCCCUUCCCCUUCCGUCCCCCUAACACAAUAUCCUUCUCGAUAAAUCGAGGGGGGAAAAUAUUUGUGCGUCCAGUGUUGUUGUGGAGAAAAGUGGGUUGAUAGAGGGAAAUUAGUCGAGGAUCUAGAUGCACCUGGUGAACAGUGAAAGGGAGGAUAAACACGGAUAAACGUUGUUGCUGACUCCGAGGACAGAGAGAGACGGCAUAACGUACCACGUGAUUCGUUGUCAGGCUGAAUAAACGUUGAGGCAUGCUCUUGUUCCUGGCUAAAGUCGUCAUAACCUGGUGCGAGGGUGUGUGACAUAAAGUGUCAGGGGAAUUGUUUUUGCUGGGUGCAAGGGCUCUCAUGAUUGAUACACCUGGAACAUGAUUUUCGGGCGCGUCGCGCGUCCCACACGUAAUGUCGCCCGUGUCUCGGGUUUAAUGGCUGUAAAUCCGGGGAUUUGAGACAGUGUUGGAGGGUCACGAGGGUCUCUCUGUGUUUUGGUGACGAACGGUGGUGGUGUCCACGUGCCAUUCUACCGAACGGAUCAGGAGAUUGUGUGCAGUGAUUGAGUUUGUUGUUGUGGCGGCUCUUUUUUGGGAGUUGCUCAGUGCGUGGUACCUAGUGAUGAUGGUUCUGGUGACGAGUGUGGAUUAAGUGACGACGACGGGGCUGCGAAGCUCUGGAGAAUUGAAAAGAUUUGAACGACGACAUUCCUCCUUACCUGGCAGAACAGGACAUUGUUCACUAAUAAUCGAGUGAAUAAAAUCAACAAUCUUUCGUAUGCAAUCUAAGGCAAGUAGAAAGGGCGAAGGCCGUGGAAGGGGGUACAGUAGGAGAAAAUUAUAUCCAAGAAGAAACAAAUCUUCAGUGCGUUUGUCAUUGCAUCGGUUUUACAAUCGGACUUUGAUCAUAUCAUCGUCCAAGUGAUUGAUAAUAAAUUAAAUAACAAAGUUUGGAAGUUACAGAAAGUGAAUAUCACAUUGAAAAGUUAAACCCGUGAGAAAAGAGAAGUGCAAGUCUGUGUGGAGAACAAUAAUAAGACACAAAUAUUUUUUUUUUUUAAUUUUCAUUGUGACCGUGGCUGUGUGUAAGUGUAUGUGUGAAUUCAGUGUAUUUACAAGAGUCCUGAGUGGAAUAAGGAGGUCUGCUGGAGGGUGGAGGGACCUGGGGAGCUCCAUGUUGUGAGCCCUUGGAGAUCUGCCGCUGGCAGUGGUAAAAAAGUGGGUCCGUUGGUAUGGAGUAUGGCGGCGGCGCCGGUGGAGGCCGCGGGGGCGUCCAGCAAACGACUGGUGCACGCGGUAUCACAGGCACCGAUACGACCGACGCCGCGUGGCACAAACAUGAGCAAAUGAUACUCAUGGAGUCGUCGAGGCACAAACAACAAUUGAGUGGGAGAACGGGUACCGGUGGUGCACCUUUGUACGGACGUCUUGUAGCUGAGGAGCCAGCAGUAUGUGGUACAGGUGUUGGGGGUGUACCCCAGGAAACCCCAGCGGAUAUUCACGCUAUGCAAGCGAGGAUACCUCACAGGUUUCGGGAUCCAGCGACUGCUCCCCUACGAAAGCUCAGUGUUGACCUCAUAAAGACCUACAAACACAUCAACGAGGUUUACUAUGCGAAGAAAAAGAGGAGAGCGCAACAGAUGCAGGGCGAGGAUGGCUCGCACAAGAAGGAGAGGAAGCUCUACAACGACGGUUGGGACGACGACAACCACGACUACAUCAUUAAAAAUGGUGAAAAGUUCUUGGAUCGAUAUGAAAUUGAUUCAUUAAUAGGUAAAGGCAGCUUCGGCCAAGUAGUAAAAGCACUUGACCUCGAAGAGCAAACACAGGUAGCAAUAAAAAUCAUCAAGAAUAAAAAACCCUUCCUCAAUCAAGCGCAAAUCGAAGUUAGGUUAUUAGAAAUGAUGAAUAGAGCGGAUACCGACAACAAGUAUUAUAUAGUUAAACUGAAAAGGCACUUUAUGUGGCGAAAUCAUUUGUGUCUGGUAUUCGAGCUGCUGUCUUAUAACCUGUACGACCUACUUAGAAAUACGAAUUUCCGUGGGGUGUCAUUGAACCUCACGAGGAAGUUUGCGCAACAACUGUGUACUGCCCUACUGUUCCUGUCCACACCGGAAUUGAACAUCAUUCACUGUGAUCUGAAGCCCGAGAAUAUUCUUCUCUGCAAUCCGAAGAGGAGUGCGAUUAAGAUUGUAGAUUUUGGGAGUUCGUGUCAAUUGGGACAGAGGAUAUACCAAUAUAUACAGUCUAGGUUUUAUCGAUCACCCGAGGUUUUACUCGGCAUUCCAUAUGAUCUGGCGAUAGAUAUGUGGAGUUUGGGGUGUAUUCUAGUGGAAAUGCAUACAGGGGAACCUCUGUUCAGUGGGGCUAACGAGGUCGAUCAGAUGAAUAAAAUAGUGGAAGUGCUGGGUAUGCCACCGAAGCACAUAUUGGACCAAGCGCACAAAGCGCGGAAGUACUUUGACAAACUCCCAACGGACGGUUCUUACGUACUGAAAAAGUCCAAGGACGGUAAAAAGUACAAAUCCCCUGGUUCCCGAAGACUACACGAUAUACUAGGAGUUGAGAGUGGUGGUCCAGGUGGUAGGAGGAUAAAUGAACCAGGCCACUCAAUAUCCGACUACCUCAAGUUCAAGGAUCUUAUACUUAGAAUGUUGGAUUUUGAUCCGAAAACGAGGGUAACGCCUUAUUACGCGUUACAGCACAAUUUUUUCAAGAGAACGGCCGAUGAGGGGACCAACACAAAUAUUGCUGCUGCCAAUAGUGCUAAUACGAGUCCAGCGGUGGUUGCUAUGAGCCAGGACAGUGGACUGGUAACAAUGUCAGGGCAGGGUAGUGGCAGUAGUAGCAGCUUGAUGCAAGUGCCAAGCCUACCUGGUGUAUAUCAACCGAUGGAGUGUGAAUCAUCACCACGCCAAUGUGGUAAUCGUCGUAUCAAUACGACCCUAUAUCCAUCAACAACAUCAGCCACUGAGGUAUCAACUACCUCAGCCCCAACGUCCAUACAGUCAAUGGACAAUUCACGGAUACAAAGCUCUCUUGGCACUUACAACAGCCUCAUUCUCCCUGGUAUGGGGCAUUUACCAGCUAUGAUGACAUCACCUAUGAUACCACAACAAAAUUUUUACAACUACAGUUAUGGGGGUAAUGAUGCACAUGGUAUUGUUAGACAACCAACGUCAGUUGCAACGAGCAAACAGAGGGAUCCAGAGCGCGAGGACAGUCCAAUGGUUGGUGUUUGUGUACAACAGAGUCCAGUUGCUAUACAUUGAAAUUCAUUUUUCAUUAAAUAUUCGUACAACUGGAGUUUCAAAUUUUUGGUAAAUAAUAGGGGGAGGGGGGGGGCAUGAUAAAUUAAUGAAAUUGUUUUUGAAAUGCAAUUUUCGAAAAAGUUGUUCUUGGUAAAGACAAUUAACACGGCGUGUAGAGCAAUCUCACUGAUUGUUUACAAUAGAUAUGACAAUUAAUUCUCGAACAGACUCGAGGAUAAUCGACAAUGGUUUACGGAAUGACUUAAAUGUAGUAAAUUUGGUGAGGGAAAAGGGAUUAAUGGAGAUUUUGUUUUUCUGUUUUUACCAAUGUGACGAGUGGGCCCCGACGUUGGGCGAUGAAUAAUGACGUGUGAACAUGUAUAAAUACGAGGUAACCAGGGGGAAAGCAACGGCCUAGUGAGGAUGAACCCAACUGGCCUCUCGGGCCCCGCCCGAUUAACAAAACAGACACUUAAAGAAUCAACUUUAGUCGGUACAUUAAUUUAAAAAGAAUCCAUGAAAAUUGAUAAACUAAUGGAGUUGAAUAAAAACGAAUAAAACCACAAAAGAGAUGGCAUCAGUUAUUGUGUGGCCUAGAGAGCAAAAAAAGUGAUAACUACUAUUAUUAUUGGAUAAAUAAAAGAAUUAUAUAUAUAAACGAUGUAACCAUGUACUCCCAUAGAGUUUUAUACACGAUGUCACGAAUGUAAUGGUUUUAGCCAAUAAUUGUCGAGAGACAGACGCAUUGAAUGCUAGUUAUUUGUACAAUACACAUAGGUGAAUGAUAUAAAAUAAAUGAAUAAAAAAAACAAGAGUGCAGCUUUAGGGUCUAGCUUUUAAAUACUAAACUUACGUGGAAGAGAGGAGUUCGUAAUGAAAAUACGGAAAAAAACUCGAAACUCUUUUAUUUACUUCGAAUGAAAUUUUUUGGAAUGAGUGACACAUUUGGAAUAAAUAAAUUGGUAAUGGGUGAGUGGGAAAAUAUUUUGUGAGUGAGUGAAUUGUGCACGUGGAGGGUGCAAACGUGCUGUUUGUUGCUAAACAAGGACUCUAAACAAACGGUGUUUGCCCGGCUUAACAAUACAUAUUUAUACAUAAAGAUGAAAAAAAAACACAAAAAAAUGCAUUAAUAAGAAAGUUAAAAAAACGUAUACAUGUAAGAUUCAUCAAGAGUGGUAUAAUCAUACGCGAAAGAAAAACCUAGGUACUUUAUAUAAUUAAAUAAAAGGAAAAUUGACAAAAAAAAGUAACAAAAUACACGCGUAUCGCAUGCAAUUGUUUUCAAUACACAUCAUCAUUGGUUUUUUGCUGUUAAUUAUUGUUAUGAUUUUCUUUAAUUUCGAAUUGGUCGUUCCAUUUAAUCGACUAUACUUCCGUGAUUCGAGUGAUGGAAAAAAAGGGGAAGGGGACUGACGACGUUUAUCAUGUUCGUCAAGAUAAUAUUGCUCGGACGGUUGGAAUUGAACAAAUAAAUGGGGAUUUAUACGAGAUUGGUAAUCGUGGCGAUACAUCCCGGUUUUAUUCUUCAUCGGGGCAUGAAAUUUAUCGUUACGUUUAUAAAGAAACAUAAAAGGGUCAAUUCACUUCAAAUUACUGGAAUUAUUUUACGGUGUAAUGACCUAUUUGAUCAGUUCCAAUCGUCACCGCACUGAGAAAAUCCUUUUCCAGAAAUGCUUCUUUACAUUAAGCUUUCGAAAAUUUCCACUUGUCCUCAAGUCGAGGAUAAUUUCUCAAUGAGAAGAGCGAUUUCUCAAAUCAAAUGAUUUCGAAUCACUUCACUUACCAUUUUUUAGCCUCAUUUAUAAAAUAUUUUAAUGCAAAAACCGGUUGAAUUGUUCUGAGAAUUCGUUCUUUCGCUAAUGUGAUUUUUCGAUCUCUAACUUUCUUAAUUAGUAAAGAGGUAUUUCUCAGGAAGCUCUUGUCUUCUCAGUGUGCUGCUCAAAUGUCGCUUAUUUUGUUGAAAAUUGACGAAUGAUGGUGAAAAAAUUAACUCGGAGGGUAACAAUUUACCCUGAAAUCUCAAGUGAAUGAAUCAUGAAGAGUUGUUGUAUAAGAAUAAAUAAAAUUCCUCAAAACGCUGAGCAAUAACAACACGACAGAGAAGUUUAUCAUGGUAAUGUCUGAGCGCAUUGGUUGAACUUGUGCCGUGAUUACGUUGCAGUGCAGAAUUUUUAAAAAUAAUUUGUAUAUUUUUAUACAAAUCGAAUAGGACCCUGCGCUGAUAUUUUGAUUCACAGGCGCAGAUUACAUUUAAUGAAAACAACACGAUUUAGGUAUUAUCCCUUGUAUUCCUCAUUCCUCCGGAGCCUUUGUCAUGCAUGCAUUUACCACACAUUUGUCAAAACACUAAAUUGAUUUUACAAUGGGUUUGCGGUUUAUUUCGAGUAGAAAAUUUGUGAGGAUUUAUUGCUAUUUGUGGAAUCAAUUGGAGAGGACAUGUGGAAAGAGGCCAAUGCAAGUGAUGAAAUUCAAUUUAAUGUUUUGAUGAUUUUUUUGUCUCUAGGAUUGAUUUCACAUCUUCAUUGAAUUCUGCACCCAAAAAUUCUGCGUUGAAAAUAUAAUGUCUGUCUAUUGAUGCUAUUUCUCAUGCACGAGGUGAAGUAAAGGGAAAAACUGAUAAAAAAUAGCAAUAAAAUUAUAAUUAUUUUUACACACAUUCGAAGAGGGCUUGACUGUACACUCCCUUUUCAAAAGAUGCAAUAUUAGUGUCGCAGACUGAUAAACGUGUAAUUUUACAAAAUGAAAACAAUGAAUAGAUAGAGAAUAUUUAAACUACGAUAAAUCUCACACUGAAAUAGCUAAACUGCCGAAAAAAUGUACUGUAUUAUAUGCAUAAAACACUUGUUAUUUAAGGAGAAAAAAAAUAUAUGAGAGAGAUGGGGCGGUGGGAAUUCUUGUUGAGACAUGGCAGUGGAUUUUUGGGUGUAGAAUUGCACUUGGUGUGAAUUAUUCGUUCUUCUUCGACAAUUUGGAAAGCCACAAUUGAUUCCCAGCGACUGACAUCAACCUCUCAAGGCGACAUUUUAUUUCAGAUUGACGAUGAAUUGUUCCUUCACUUCGAUGAUUCCUAAAUUAUUUACACAGACUCUCACGUAAACUCGUGACAAUUACCAAAAAAUUAAAAACAAUUAUGAAUAGACAAAUGAGAGAGAGAAAUAAAACAAAACUGACUAAUGAAGAUGAAGAAAAAGUGGUCAUUCAACAGUUGUCACAAAAAUACAGAGUAUUUAAGCCAAUUAGCAAACAACAGAAAUGUAUACAUUUACAUAGACUAAGUGCUGGCCGAGACAUGUUCCAAGCUAAUUGUAACGGGUAAACUUUUUAAAUCCCUCCACCAGUUACACCAAAACAUCUCUUCCAUGGGUAAAUUUUUUUUGUUCUAUCAUUUCACUAAGAACUCAAACGAAAUCAUUAAAUGAGGCUGAAUUCGAGAAGUUCGUGGGGAUGAAAUUCCACGAGAAUUUUAUCAUGUUAAAAGUCCUAGGAUUUGAGGAUAUCCAGGUACCUUGGCUGCGUUUUCCUCCAACUGAAUACUUUUCUAUUUUUAAAUUAAAGUUCGAUAUUUAAUUUCUAGAAAGCAUGGUUUGUAUCUGAAAAAACGACGAAUUUUAUUUUUGAAAGGUGAUUGAUAAAAUGAAGUAAAAAUUGAGGCUCUUGGAUGUAAUUCGAAAUUUUGCCAUAAAUCACUUUCCCCACCUUUAAACACUUUCCGUUAUCUAUUUAUGAACAACGAAUAUAAAAAUCUGUGCACAAUUUCAUAAAAUUCUUAUUGCAAAAUUUUUACAGCCUGGGCAGUUGAAAACGUUCCGAGGGAUAAAAAAUACUUGGACAUCCGAAAAUCGCACGAGUUUGUACAAUUAUUUCGUAAAUGAAUAAAGAAAACGAUUGAUCGUGGAGAGUUCAUUUUGACAGUUGACAUAGUCUGUAUUUUUUUAUCUAGCUAAUACACACUCACACUUUUGUAAAUAAUCCCAUCAUCACAACGUUUGAUCUUGUCUUCAUGCAUUAGAAUAUUGAUUUUGAUUCAGUAAGAGGAAUCAUUUAUAGAUAGAAAGAAAUGGAGAUAAAUCGAGGCAUGUUAUCAUUGAAAUGCUUAUACUUUCACAGUGUAACUCAGUUAAAUAAUUAAUUAUUCUCGAUGAAUAUAAUUCAGAACGUGCCGCGGCCAGAGUAAAUGAAAUACCGUAAUUUUCCUAACGUCAUAUGUAAAAACAUUGUGUUCAAAACAUAUAUAAUAAUACGACUGAUUUGCCCUGGACACGAGUUGAAGUGAGUUAUUGCGAGGUUCAAGGUUCAAUAGGUGUUGUUUUCGGGGCUAAAAUAAACAAGGUGUGAAUGAUGUAAUUGAAUUUUAAAAUAAAUGAAAGAUAAUACCAAUCGAUUUAUAAAAAAAAGCAAAAAAUACGUGAAGUGAGAGAGAGAAUGGAUAAAACGUCUAUACAAUAUGGAAAUAAAAAUGAAAAAUUGUAUCUAAUCUGUAUACAUUUCUAUAUUAUAAUUAUAUUACGAUCAAUAUAUGCAAUAUUAUAAUUAAGAACUUUAAAAUAAUAUUACGUAAGAUUAAUAAUAAACAAACGCAUCUUAA